AUGCGAAUACUUUGGGCUUUUAUACGAUGGCAAGACAUGAAACCGGAAGAUGAUCAGGAUCCUGAUAGGCGUAUUGUGAGCCACUUCCCGGAUCGCGACGAACGAAGGUACCGUAUAUCUAUAGAGGUGCUGCCUCUAGAUGAUGAGAAAGAGAUUGAAGAAGAGGAGGACUUAUCCUGGACAAGUGGGGAACGUGCGGAAAGAAGGAAGAGCACAAGAAGAAAGAGACCCGCACAUUCGUCUGUACAGCGAGUCAGUCAUUUGAAGGAGGAGCGGGUCGAUGGGGUUGACCUCAAGUUGCAUGAGAUAUAUGACCAUUGGAAAGGAUAUAAUGAAAAACAAGAGGCGGAAAAGAAAAAAAAAUCAAGCAGCCGCGAUGCAAAGAAUUCAGCCUGCAUGUCCAACGAUCAAAACGCAAACUUCUACCCCGUCAUCGCUCACUGCGAAUGUCAGGAGAACCACUUCCGUAUAAGAUUAGUCGAGAUAGCGUCGACGUCUACGGACAUUGCUGGAACGUCAACAGAAGCGAAUCAUGCGGCGAAGAAGGAAUUGGUAAACGUGGUGCAAGAAGCUGCUGAUGCUGCGGAAGCCACGGAAAAAGGGAAAGCUGUGGGGAAUUGUUUUGGAAAAUCCCUUUUGACAACCCUGCCCCUGGACACCACUAGUGCAGUAGUAACUGUCGGAAAACUGAUGGCCGACCUUAACAGUCAUUUCGCGUUCUGUAAGUAG